AUGAUCCCCGAUGGCGAAAAGAUCAGCUCCAAGGACUUCACCGUUGGCGGCUGCAGGUGGCACGCCGACUUGUACCCGAACGGCACCGACAGCUCGAAGGAUGAGUCCGACUCCAUCACGCUCUACCUCGUUUACCACGGCGAGCAGGCCGGCUACCGGUACCACGACGCCUACGAGCCGCUGAACCGCUUGGGGGCGCAGUACAAGUUUUGCUUCCUCGACCACGCCGGCAACUCCGCGUAUGAGCUCCCCGCCCAGAAGGGCGUCUUCAUGUGCUCCGGCGGCAAAGACGACGGCCGCGGGUGCGGCCACGACACGUUCAUCAGCAGGGACGAGCUGGAGGCACGGCGCGCGAGGCUCCUGCUCAAGGAUGACUGCCUCGUCAUCCGGUGCGACGUCGGCGUCAUAGUCAUAGACCACCUGAGGCUCCGGUCCAUUGCCGUUGGGCCAAAGCGCAGCCGCUCUGCACGUGACGACACCGACACUGAAAGCUCUAGCUAUAGCGACGACACCGACACUGAAAACUCUAGCUAUAGCGACGACUCAUGUUUUGACACUGACAGUGAUGAGUCGCGGCCGUCACGGCGCCGGAACAAGCACCGCCGCCGCCGCCAGCUGACCCGGCUGGACGACAGGGAGUACAUCCUCUGGACUUUUGAAUCUUGA